GGCUCACAGGCUGUCCCUGGGGUGUGUGACAGGCACCCGGGAUGGCAGGCUGUGCGUGCCGUGCUGGCUGUGACACUCGUGCUUAGUGACUUUAUUUUUCCGAGCAGCCGCCUAGGAUUUUGGCGCUUGUUGCUUUUUAAAUGCAGAUGAUUCCUCUCCAGAAUUUAUUUUUGAAUGGAAGCAUGCUCUUUUCCAAUAGAAGAUGGUGAUCCUAACGUACGAUCAUGGAGAAGGGGAUAAGUUCGAUAGAAGUGUUACCUUCCAAAUCAUCUCAGGUUACAGCUGUAAAAGUGGUGGUCAAAGAGCCCGAAACAAAGCAAACCCAAAGAGGGAAACGAGUGGGAUUUGUGCUUGUUCACGCAGGUGCAGGUUAUCAUUCUGAAUCCAAAGCUAGAGAGUAUAAGCAUGUGUGCAAAAGAGCUUGCCAGAAGGCAAUUGAAAAGCUACAGGCUGGCGCUCUUGCAACAGAUGCAGUGACUGCAGCACUUAUAGAAUUGGAGGAUUCUCCUUUCACAAAUGCAGGAAUGGGGUCUAACCUAAACCUUCUGGGUGAGAUAGAAUGUGAUGCCAGUAUAAUGGAUGGAAAGUCAUUAAAUUUUGGAGCUGUUGGAGCACUGAGUGGGAUCAAGAAUCCGGUUUCAGUUGCAAAUAGGUUGUUGUGUGAAGGGCAGAAGGGAAAACUCUCUGCUGGCAGAAUUCCACCUUGCUUUUUAGUUGGUGAAGGAGCUUACAGAUGGGCAGUUGAUCACGGGAUACCAGCAUGUCCUCCAGGUAUCAUGGCUACAAGGUUUAGUUUAGCAGCUUUUAAGAGGAACAAGAGGAAGCUGGAGUUGGCUGAAAAGGUGGAAACGGAUCUCAUUCAACUUAAGAAAAGAAGACAAUCAAAUGAAAAGGAGAACGACUCAGGAACAUUGGAUACAGUUGGUGCAGUUGUUGUUGACCAAGAAGGAAAUGUUGCUGCUGCUGUCUCCAGUGGAGGUUUAGCACUAAAGCAUCCUGGAAGAGUCGGUCAGGCAGCUCUUUAUGGUUGUGGCUGCUGGGCUGAAAAUACAGGAGCUCAUACACCUUACUCCACUGCUGUGAGUACUUCAGGUUGUGGAGAGCACCUUGUCCGAACCAUACUGGCCAGAGAAUGUUCGUGUGCUUUGCAAACAGAAGAUGCCCACCAAGCUCUCCUAGAGACUAUGCAAAACAAGUUUAUUGGUUCACCUUUUCUAGCCAAUGAAGAUGGUGUACUCGGAGGUGUGAUAGUUCUUCGAUGUUGCAGAUGUUCAGCAGAGACUGAAUCGUCACAGGAAAAGCCAACUUUACUAGUGGAAUUUCUGUGGAGCCAUACAACAGAGAGCAUGUGUGUAGGAUAUAUGUCUGCACAGGAUGGCAAAGCUAAGACUCACAUUUCAAGACUUCCUCCUGGAGCCGUGGCAGGACAGUCUGUGGCAAUAGAAGGGGGGGUUUGCCGACUGGAGAGUCCAGAAAGCUAAACAGCUGAUUCCUCACUUCAUUGCAAAGAAUGUGAAUGACUUUUUGUACAAUAAGUUUUUUUGUGUUUUAACAGAUGUUGGAAAUUCUACUCUUGUUUUAUACCCCGUAUUGCAACCAUGUGCACCAUAACUUGAGACAAGUGCUGCUGUAGUUUAUGUUCUCACUCUGUGAAUGGGGGUGUGUGCAUGUUCAUUUUUUCCCUAAUAAAAUAGGAGCUCUUCCCAGUUGUACAAAGAUUAUGUAUGAUUAAUGAUUGUGUUUUCAUUGUUUUACGUUUGAAAAGUAUCUGAAAGUACAAAAAAAAUUAAUUUAAAGAUGUGGUCACAAUUGUCAUUCAUGUUCUAAAUUUAAAAGUAACAGGCCUUUGAAGUGGCUGUAUAAUUAUGCAAAAAUGAUUAUGGUUUCUAAGUUUCUUAGUGGUUUAAGGAAAUCCAGUGAUGGUUUAAACAUGGGUUGUUUUUUUCCUCCCCAAUAAGGAGGAUUUUUUUUGUCAAAGAGUGGUUUCAGUGAAACAAACUAAAGCAAAAUUAAGGCUAAAAUUGUUUUAAAUAAUCUUAUAGGUCAUAUCUCUGUUCCCAAACUAAGAUGUUAAUAGCUUCAAGCUGUAUGUAUUACAAAAAGCUAUAUAAAGAUAAUGUAUCGUAAUGCAGUCUUUAUGUAUAAUGGAAUAUUACAAUGUAAAUAAGAAAAAAAAGUUUAUGGAAAGAUUCAAUAUUAUUCUUCGCUUCUGUUUUAAAUCUAUUUUUGAGAGAGGUACAGAAAUGAACAUAUUACUGGAUGCGAAGUGCAAUGUGUAUUGAAUGGAUGUUGGGAGGUCUGAUACUAGCUUUCUUAUAGAUAAAGCAACUUCCUGAAGUCCAGCCACAGCAUGGGUAUUUAUAUAACUGUGUGUAAUAUGUAUGUACUGUGCAUAAAUUUACUGUAAUUCUUUUUUAUACCUUCAACAAAACUGCAGUAUAAAACAAUGUAAUCCUUGUCUGCCUCGUGAAGCAUUGGCAGCUGAACUGUCUUUUGUCACCAGUUCUGAUACGUUAGCCAGACUCCUGAGUCCUAAAAGUGAGUUCUGACAUACAAUCUUCCAUUCAGUACUUUUUUCUUCACAGCACUGGCAGCAAUAGAAGACUUUUGUAGUUAAUUCAUUGUCCUGAUAAGUAUGCCAAAGAGAAACUAAAUUAGUUCAUCUUUUUCCCUGGUGGAUAUUUGGUAAUUCUGUUUUCAGAAAUAGUGGAUGAAUAGAUAUUCAGACUGUAUUUGCUUGAUCGGGCAUUGUACUUGCCUCUUUUGUAAAGUUGUGCCUGCCUAUAACAGACAUACUUGACUGAUUAAAUGGUUACAUUGAUUGUAGUACCAAUCUUUCAUGGAUAAAAAUCUUAAUAAAUUUUUUUUAAUACC